ACAGGAUUGUUAGGUGCUGCUGCCGCCGCUGAACCAGUAAAGCAGAAGAACAAAGCCAACAUGACCUCUUCUUCCUCCUCCUCUCCCUCUUCCUCCUCCUGCUUCCUGCGACUCCUCCUCCUCCUGGUGGGGGCGACGCUGGGGGAGGCGCUGCCGGAGCUGCUGGGGGGCCUCUCGCAGACAUAUGGACCCCCUCAGAACAACUUCGCCGCCGCCGCUCCAGCCCCCGCGCAGUCCUUCCGUCCCCUCCCCGCCCAAGCUCCUGCGCCUCUUCGUCAGCCCCCCGCGACAGGACACAGCACAAACAACAACAACAACAACUUCUUCCCGCCACUCAACCAGGCGCCGAGGGUCCCCAAAGUCCCGUCAGGCCUGUACGAGACGCCAUCCUUCGACCCCGCCCCCAGUAACCCCGUGGGAACAUGCCGCCCCCAGAUCUCCGUGUCUGUGCUGACCUCGACCCGCCUGGUGCCGACGACCGUAGUGCAGACUCGAACUCGUGCACUCCCGACGACGAUCUACUCGCAGGUGACGCAGACGCGGUACUUCCCGUCGACGGUGGUGCAGCAGCAGGUGGUGACGUCCGUGGUGCCUCCGGUGAUACAGACGCAGACGGAGGUGGUAAGCAACGUUCAGUACGUGACGCGCGCCAAGUACUUCACCAUCACCUCCUACGUCACGGACACACGCCUGCAGUACGUCACCACCACGCAGGUCCAGACGCAAUUCCAGACGCAAUUCCAGACCACCACGCAAUUCCAGACCCACACGCAAUUCCAGACCCAAUUCCAGACCCAAUUCCAGACCCAAUUCCAGACAGUUACAUCCACUCAGUUCCAGACCAUUCAAACCCAGUUCCAGACCCAGUUCCAGACGGUGACCAGCACGCAAUUCCAGACGCAGUUCCAGACCCAGUUCCAGACCCAGUUCCAGACCCAAUUCCAGACAGUGACCACCACGCAGUUCCAGACGAGAUUCCAGACCCAGUUCCAGACUCAGUUCCAGACCACAACUCAAUUCCAGACGCAGGUGCGCACGGAGACCCGCUUCAGCACCCAGGUACAAUACGUCACCCAGACCCAGACGCAACAGGUCCCGCAGUACAUCACGCAGACCCAGUUCGUGACCCAGACCCAGUUCGUAACCCAGGGGCAGCAACAGACCGUCACCCAGACCAUCACCACCACCAGGAUCCAGCAGCAAGUGGUCACACGGACGCAGACGGUGCCGCAGUACAUCACGCAGACUCAGCAAGGACAGGCCCAGUUCGUGACCCAGACGGUGACUUCCACACGCGUCCAGCCGCAGUACGUGACGCAGACGGUGACGUCGACGCGCGUGCAGCAGCAGUUCGUGACUCAGACCCAGACGGUGCCGCAGUACGUAACGCAGACCCAAACGGUGCAAGGGAGCUGCGGCGGCGGCGGCGGUGGUGGUGGAUAUGGUGGCCGUACGACGACUAUGAUGCCUGGCUACUACUGAGUGUGUUCUUGGGCCGGUCAGUCAGUCAGUCGGUCUGUUAGCCUGUAAAUCUGUUUCCGUUCUCUUCGUUGAUGACUGACUACUACUGAGUGUGUUCUUGGUCCAGUCAGUCAGUCAGUCGGUCGGUUAGUCAGUAAGUUUGUUUGCGUCCCUUUUGUUCAUCUGUCCCGUGUCUCCCACCAAAGAGCUUUCAAUUCCCUGUCUGUCCGCUCACAAAGGAUGUAAAUAUGAAUCAGCUACGCACAUAUUCACUCACUUAAUCAGUUAACAGUGCUUUCACGCCACUCUCAGUAUAAAACGAUGUAAAUAUUCGAAUCAGUUAACCAGUCACACUCACUCACUCAGUAAAUCAGUUAAAAAAGCUUUCAUGCCACUGUCACUUUAAAGGAUGUAAAUAUUUGAAUCUGCCAGUCAGUCACUCGGUCAGUCACUCAGCCAAUCAGUUAACAAGAGCUUUCAAGUCUCUCAGUAAAGCAAGGAGGUAAAUAUUUAAAUCGGUCAGUCAAUCAGCCAGUCUUUCGCUUAUUCACUUAACCAAUCAGUCAAAAACACCUUUCUACUCUCAGUAAAACAAGGAGGUAAAUAAUUGAAUCGGCCAGUUAGUCAAUCAGCUCUUCAGUCCGUCACCCAGUCAAUUCGUCAGUCCGUUAGUCAGUCAGUCCGUCAGUCCGUCAGCCAGUCAGUCCGUCAGUCCGUUAGUCACUCAAUCCGUCUUCAGUCCGUCAGCCAGUCAGUCCGUCAGUCCGUUAGUCAGUCAGUCAUUCCCGGGGUCAUCAGGUUCGCAUCGGCCUGUGAAUGUGACUAAUGAAAGAGGAGAGCUGCUGGAUGACUUGUGUUUUGCUCAGUCAUCCAUUCGGCAUCCUCCCUCGCCUCCCCUUCCAUCCAUACAUUCAUGCGCCCUUCCUACAUUCUCCCUUCACCAGCUUUCCCCCUUUCCCUUUGACCCUUUCACCCUUUUUCUUACUCAAUGCUUUCCUUUAUCUACCUUUUUCUUUGUCUUUUCUUUCUACCUUUUUUCUUUAUCUUCCUCUCUCUUUUAUUAUGUAUUUCACCCUCUCACCUUUCAUCUUCUUUUCGUCCGUACUCUCCUCGACUUUCCCAUCGGCAGGAGAAGGUUCUAUCGUGAAGGAGGGGCUGAAGGUGACGAGGAAGGCAGGACAGCUAGAGGCGAUGUUCUUGUUGUGACCGCUGAGUGCCCGCCGUUUUCCUGCUCUCAUAUUGACACGAGAAAUAAACAAAAGCUAGGAAAAGAUAUCCCCCC